UCACGUGGGGGAACGAACUGAUUAAAUUGCUUCUGCUUCUCUUUAUUUUUGUAGAUUUUCGUCGAUUAAUGUGUCCUAAAAGUAUAUUUCUCUACUUUUCUAAAAGAUUUUAAGAUUUUAAAAGUUUAUUAUAUAAUAUUCGGGGUUCUUUCUGUGAGAGAAAUUCCGUUAUGAUGUGACGUGGCUCGAGUUUAGCAUAUUUUAAAUUAAAAAAAUAAGUCGUAAAUUCAAAAAUAACGACGAAACAAAUUAUAAAAAUGAAGCAGGUUAAUUUCUUACUAAAUAAGUUAAAACUCUUAUCCAAAAAUUAUAGAAAUUAUCACUGUAAACAGGGCGUUUUUGGUUAUAAACCGUAUAAAAAAGUGUCAGAAACGACAAAAAAUUUGGAUAACGUCGUAAAGAAUUGUAAUGUUUAUCGUUUGGUUAAUGCGUAUCGAGAACACGGACACAAAUUGGCAAAAAUUAAUCCGAUAUUCACUCAAGAAGAAAUAAUCAUAGAAGAACUAAAUUCAUCAUGCUUUGGAGUUUAUGACAGCAAUAUGAAUAAUAGUGUAAAUGUGGAAGGCAUUUUAUUUUCUGAUACGAAAGAAGCAAAGAUUUCGGAAAUUAUUGAUUAUUUGAAACGUGUGUACUGUGGGCCGAUCGGCAUCGAAUUUCUUUACCUCGAAAGCAGGGAAGAAAGGGAUUGGAUGGCCUGGAGAUUUGAAAAAUUGCAAAAUGAAGAAUUAUCUAAAGAAGAAAAGGAUUCUCUCGGUUUAAAUCUUUUAAAAUCCCAAGUCUUUGACAAUUUUCUUGCAACAAAGUUCUCAACAGUAAAAAGAUACGGCGGCGAAGGUGCCGAAAGUAUAAUGGGAUUUUAUGACGAACUAUUCUCCAAAUCUGCAGAAUUUGGUAUUUCGGACGUCAUAAUUGGUAUGGCCCAUCGUGGUCGACUGAACUUGUUAACUGGAUUACUAAAAUAUCCCCCAGAAGCCAUGUUUCAAAAAAUGAAGGGUAUGUCAGAGUUUCCAAAAAAUGUUACUGGUAGUGGAGAUGUAUUAUCCCAUUUGACCAGCUCGGUUGAUUUGGAAUAUAAAGGGAAACACGUCCACGUUACCAUGCUUCCUAAUCCAUCACAUUUAGAGGCUGUUUCUCCUGUAGUCUGUGGUAAAGCAAGAGGGAGAUUAUUAUCAUUAAAAUGUGGAGAUUAUUUAGAAGGUAAAGAUAAAAUACCUGUGUAUAGUGUACUUCCAGUUCAAGUGCAUGGCGAUGCUUCAUUUACAGGACAGGGCAUCAUCAUGGAAACAUUAGCCAUGUCAAACAUUCCUCAUUUCAAUGUUGGCGGUUCGAUACAUAUCAUUAUUAAUAAUCAGUUAGGUUACACUACACCAGGAGAAAGGGGCAGAUCUUCUUUAUACUGUAGUGAUAUUAUGAAAAUGAUAGCGGCUCCCGUCAUCCACGUCAAUGGUGAUUAUCCUGAAGAACUAGUAAAAGCAACACGUCUGGCUCUGGAAUAUCGUCAAAAAUUUCAAAAAGACAUUCUAAUUGAUUUGAUUUGUUUCCGUCGAUGGGGUCACAAUGAAAUGGAUGAUCCUACAUAUACAAAUCCCAUUAUGUAUGAUCACAUUCAUGCUCGUCAAAGUAUACCUGAUAAAUAUACUCAGAAAUUAGUGGAUGAAGGAGUAUGGACAGAAAACACAGCAAGUGAUGCCAUUGCUAAUUAUUUAAAAGAUCUCAACAGCAAAUUUAAAUGUGUUGAUUUUUAUGAACCUCAAGCAAAUCAUUUGCAAAAGAAAUGGUCCACAUGUGUGCAAGCUACGAAUACAAUUAGCAAAUGGGAUACAGGAGUUCCGUUAGAUGUUCUGAAAUUUGUUGGUGCUAAGUCUGUUAAUAUUCCAGAUAAUUUUAUAAUUCACAACCAUUUGCAUAAAGUUCUAGUAGCAGAACGUUUGAAAAGAAUUGAAGAAGGAACAAAAAUUGAUUGGGCUACGGCUGAAGCACUUGCAAUAGGAUCUCUUCUGUAUCAAGGUUUUAAUGUUCGUAUUAGUGGACAAGAUGUCGGAAGAGGUACCUUUAGCCAGAGACACGCAAUGGUUGUUGAACAGAAAACAAAUGAAAUGUAUGUUCCUCUCAAUAAUAUGUUGCCUAACCAAAGUGCAUUUUAUGAGGUUGCCAAUAGUAUAUUAUCAGAAGAAGCAGUUUUAGCUUUUGAAUAUGGUAUGAGUAUCGAAAGUCCAAAACAUCUCAUUAUAUGGGAAGCUCAAUUUGGUGACUUUUUUAAUGGUGCACAAAUUAUCAUUGAUACAUUUGUUUCUUCUGGUGAAACUAAAUGGCUUUUGCAAAGUGGAUUGGUUAUGCUUUUACCCCACGGAUAUGAUGGAGCAGGACCCGAACAUUCUUCGUGCCACAUUGAAAGAUUUCUUCAAGUAAGUACCAAAAAUCUCUUCAAUCAAAUUUUAUUUUUUAAAAUUAAUUGUGUGUGUAAAUUCUAUCAGAACUGUGAUAGUAAAGAAGAUAAUGUUGAUGGAGAUGACAUAAAUUGGCUUGUUACUCAUCCAACAACUCCUGCAAAUUAUUUCCAUUUGCUUAGACAACAGAUGAUACGAAACUUCAGAAAACCUCUUGUAGUCGCAUCUCCAAAAACAUUGUUGAGGUUACCCGCAGCCGUUUCGUCAUUGUCUGACAUGAUAUCGGGAACUACAUUUACUCCAGUGUUAGGCGAUAACACAGCUGAUCCUAAUAAAGUGAAGAGAGUUGUUAUAUGUUCUGGUAAAUAUUUUUAUACUCUACACAAAGAAAGAGAAGAUAAGAAGAUUGAAGACACUGCCAUUAUUCGUAUUGAAGCUUUAUGCCCUUUUCCUGCUAAUGAAUUAUCUAAUGAGAUAAAAAAAUUUAAUAAAGCAAAAGAAUUUAUCUGGUGUCAAGAAGAACAUCGAAAUAUGGGUCCUUGGUUUUUUGUAAGACCAAGAUUUCAGAAUCUACUUGGCAUAUCGCCAACUUACAUUGGUCGAGACAUCUUGGCAACAGCUGCCGUGGGAAUUGGUCAGAGACAUCAACAGGAGAGUGUACAAAUUUUGAAGAAAUUAUUCAAUUCAUAGUUUUUUAAUAAUUAAAUUUUUGUUAUAAAAGUCACAAAUAGGAGUGUUAUAUAUUUUAUAGUUUAAUUUUUUAUAAAAACAAAAAAUUUGAACAUAUUUACAUGCCAUAAUCCAAGCUGCCUUUUUGGUAUUGUUCCAAUUUUUGAGAGGUAAAUUUAUAAAAUACGAAUUGAUGCUUAUAUUAUUGAUUUUUGGGGCCAAAUUUAUUCUUUUAUACUAUACAAUGCAUGACUCUAGUUGUUGAGAAAAUUUAUACAGAAUGAGAUUUAUACAUAGAAAGCAUCAAGUUAGAUAAAACUUGAUCAUUUAAAAAAAAAAAAAAAAAAAGUGGAAUGAACCAGAUCAGCCCCA